GCCAUGUGGGUGCUCUUACUAUUACCGGUACUUAGUGUCACAUCGGUGGUUAGUCAGGAGGUGAUCUAUGACAAAAUUUCCGGCAUUGACAGUGACGGAAAACUACCAUCGUGGUUGUUGUUCAAAGACGGGAUAUUAGAAGGAAUACCAAGCGAGCGAGACGUUGGAAAACAUAUGGUCAAGAAAGUGUUGGAACUGGUCGUAAAAGAGGAUCAUCGAAAUCCGUGUGGAAGCGAUGACACUUACUGGGUGGAGGCACUCUUUGAAAACGACGGGCCUGUUACCACCACCACCCGCGAAUCGACCACCUCACGCUCCACGCGAAGAGUAGACAAUCCGCCGGUGAAAUUAAACUCACUUACUGGAUUCACCUGCAUACGUGGUGUUUACUGUGAAAUGACCAUCCCGGAAAGCACCUUCAAAGACGUCGAAGACGGAGACACAUUCAAGCUACGACUCUCAGACUCGUGGAUGUUCUACGAACACAAAAAGGUCAAGGGAGUACCGUUGGAAGAAGGCGAUUUCGAAUUUCGCCUUGAGGCAAGAGAUAAAGCUGGACAGAUGGCUUCCGCCCCUUUCAAGGCGUUAGUGACAGCUUCCUUUCCAUUCAAUCACCUCGCCACUCUCGAUCUCGACACUCCUGUACAGCGAUUCUCACGACCGUCAUCGCUUUCGUCGUUUGUCCACCAGCUGGCAAACGCUUUCCGCUCUAAACCAGAUGCGAUCACUAUUCGCAACAUCACCGGAAACUCGACGAGAACGCAGGUCUCAUGGAGCAACAACACAGUUCCCCAUAAGACGUGUGCUCGCAAUGCUCUUGACAAUAUCCGCUUUACGAUGCUGACUCGACAACGAUCACAGACAAAGAUCGAAUUUGUGAAGCAAAUCGGCUCUCAGUUCCACGUUCGAAAGGCCAGUCUCGAUCUACGAGGCAGUUGUAUCAACAAAGAAGUGCCAGUGUCCACUGCACCAACUAUGGAAGCUACAGAACAAGUUGCUUUUCCAUGGAUGGUUCUUGUUGGAGUACUACUUUUACUGCUCCUGCUCGCUAUUUUGAUACUAGCCGUGUGCAGUGCGAUGAGGAGGAACAAGAAAAAGGAAAAACCCUCCGACUACAUGGGUAAAGGCAUGCCAGUGGUGUUUCCAGAAGAAGUGGCUGAAGAUGUUGAAAUGGCCCAUGCAGCCACGCCCAUGCUUACCAAGGAGGAGCGACCCCCUCUUAAGGUGUCGCAGCACGAAAAUCCUCUGUAUAAGCCACCACCACCGUUGGCUGCUGCGUCUCCGCGAUUGGGAUCGGCUGUUCCCGCUCCAAACCAGAGGAUGCCUCCGAGUUACGUGCCUCCGUGA